CUCUCUCUCUUCUCUCUAUCUAGUCUCUCUCUCUUUCGAGGUCUGUCUCUGUUUCUCUUCCCCCUUUCAUUUCCCCUUCCCCUCGAUCUCCAUAUAUUCACCUUAAUUCCUUUAAAUACCAUGGACCUACUAUGUAAUUUGAUCGCAAUUGAUUAUAGCUAGGCCCAGCUAGGCCUAACCAAGUUUCGUUGUGAGGGGUAAUUAAGCAAAUAAAUUGAAGUAUUUUUUCGCCCCCCAAAAACUUGAGUGCCGGAUGAACCUUAAAAUAGGCCUAUGGCUAUAUCCUUACCGAAUUUUCUCCAUAUUAUUUCACAUAAUAUACUCUUCUAUUGUAAUUUUGAUCUAUUUUGACACCUGAAAUGUAAAAAUGAUAGUCUCUACGGCUAUGUCAUUUAAUUCAAGAGCCCCUUUUUACAAGUGAAUUCAUAUAGUACGUGAUGAUCAACUUUUCAAUCAGUGGCCCCCUCCCCUCCGAAAAAAUGCUUGUGUUUUUUGGUAAGGGGUGUGAGAAGGACUCGGGUUUUAUAAAGCACUAUAAGUAGCCAUUAACAAUAUUAAUUGAUCUUGCUCACAGAUUAACAUUAUCAAUUACAGUCAGUAUAUGGGCUAGAGCAGGAAGUUGUGACACCUCCCUGGCUAGAGCAAAUAGAUACUUUGGCUAGAGCAAGACAUUUCUGAAACAAAGAAAGUUUAGGACACUCAGACUAUCGUGAGCCUAAUCUUCUGUUUGGAAUUUCGGCACUGGAAAAUUUCUUGGAGAAACCGCACUACUAUGUAGCCAAUUCGAUGUACAUGAGAUACCCGUGUAGUAUGCACUCUGGACGCCUGAAUGUUGACAACGAAUCCUUACCACUGCACUGAGGUAGCGAUGACGAAUAGUAUACUUUUAACAUAACAUUAUUGACUAAUUGUGAUCGUUAGAUGUUAGCAUAUUUGGUAUUUAUUUCUUGUGCAAUAAUACAAUGAUGAGUUAUUGUGUUCACCAGACUAAAUAGGACUUCUCUGAUGCGUUUCUACUCCAAGGCAUGACCGUUGGAUUGACCGAGUGACGUCAUCACUGAGGGAUAAUUUAUAGAAGUGACUUUUCACUUAUUUCAGCAUGUCUGCAGGAAAGAGGGGGAAGAAACAAGGUAAUCUGACCUCAGAAGACUGGGAUGCAAAAUUUAAAGCGGCAGGCCAGAGACUUGCUCAAGACCUAGGACUCCAACCCAAGCCAAAACGCAAAAAGGAUACAGUGUGGGUCUUUAAUAGACCAGAUCCUGAAACUGGGCUUAUCAAAAGAAGGUCGAAGGAGAGACAGAGAAAAGCCCCCAAAAGAAAAGGGGAACCAAAGGCUCAAGUACCACAGAGGGAAACUCCGCAUGGUCACGUAUUGGAGGACGCACCACAUCAACACCAGGUUGAUGAAGUGUUUUUAGAAUCUUCUGGGCAAUCAGAUGAUGUUGAGAGUCUACUUGCUGAGCUGCAAAAGGCAUUUGGCAUAAGUCCAGAAGAUGGGGCGUCUUCUUGGACUAAGCGGCUUGAAUCCUUGGAUGAAAGUUGGAGGUCGUCCAGGGAAACACUCAUCCAUCACAUGCUUGAAUUAGAAGCAAUACCAGAUCAGUGUAGAUGUGAUGUCUGUGAAGAUUCCGAGGCAUCGGUUAAAUGCAAAGACUGUAGAAGGUUUCUUUGCAGGGACUGUGACACAAGAGAGCACAUACAGCAUUGCCUCCACGAUCGACAGUCCUGGGAAGAUGGGUUUUAUGUUAAUGCUCCCAUUGACAAUCCACUUCUGGUCUCUCUUCCUGCGAAAUGUAAGAACUGUGAUGGAGAGGAUUGCUUCAGCACACGGACAACCAGCUCAGUGUACAUAGCCAUAACUAUGAAAGGUCGUAAACACAUCCCUCGCAGUGAGGUUAUCUGCCAAUCAUGCCACCACGCUGCUAGUGAGAUGGAGAUUCAAAGCAUCAUAGAGAACGGGUUCUGGCCGGGGAGCACUAACCGUAUUUGCCAAAUAUAUUCCACUGACCUACUAAAGUGGAUAGAUUGCUUCCUCAAAAACAUGCCUGGAUCUUCACUUUCAUCAAUAGCAAAGGCCAUUGAGGAUUUCGAUGGAACAGGAAAGCCUAUCAAUAAGACUGCGCUUUCUAGAGCAUUGACAGAGUUCCGUUACUGUCAGCAUACUAUGAAGGGCUUAAAAGAGACUAAUCAAAUGACCUGCCCAGCUUGCAGCCACGGACAACACUCUGCCCACGUCGACGGAAAUUUCAAGGUCUAUAGAUAUAGCAAAGUACCUCGAGGAUCAAGGAAGCCGUAUUAUGAGGGUGUAUUCAUUGACUCUAAUGAGACUGUCAAACAACACAUGAAUGCAGUCUACACCAGGGACCAUCCGUUGAAGGAAUCAUCAGGAAACAUGUGUGGCAGCACAUCCUGGAGGGCAGCUAACUCAAGAAGCAAGGGAAGGAGGAAACUAGAUGAAUGCGGCCUGGAAGUGGCGGGAUGCAGGCACGCAGUGGCCCAGAAAGCAGUUAACAUGUUUACUGGGGAAAUGUAUGCUUACCCGCAUUACAUCCAAGUAAAUUUUCUUUUGCCCUUAGGGGUACAAUAUCUGUGGCAAGAUGUAAUCUGCAAAUAUUGGCCUUGGGCAAAGAAACAAGCAUGCAAGGAUGAUAGAUUCAAGCAGGCAGUGACCAACAUGAAGCCAGCAUUAUCUGUCAUGCACGCUAAGGCCCAUCAGUGGUCUUGUCAGGUUCUGUGGGGUGGCCGUAAUCAACAAGGAGCAUGUGCAGGAGCUGGUGAAGACAUGGAGCAGUUCUUUUCAUAUCUCUCUAGGCUUGGCUCCACUACAAGAAACAUGUCUUAUGCAGCUCGUGAGGAUACAAUUACUGAGCAUGUUCUCUUUUGGAACAACCGAAAGGUCAACACCAUGGCUAAGCAGCUGUGUAUACGAUACAAAAGGAAUUCUAUUUUCCUGAAAGGGUCAGAGGAUGAACUGAAGUCCUUGAUUUCAUCUGCGGAUUGUGAGGUCAAUGAAGAUAUUCUUCAGAUGUGGGACGAGGAAGUAAAGGAGCAUGCGAAAGGAUCAAGCCGAGCAGAGGUUGACAUUACUGACCUAGAAAAAUACUUCAAGAUACGGACUUUGGAACAAGAAGCAAAGAAUCUUGAGCAGUAUGUGUCAACCUCAAGCAAAGAGACAAGUCUCCUCCUUGACUCAUCUUCCUUCUUCAUGGAAGCCUCUAAGAAAGCCGAGGCUUCGAGGAUUCAUGACUCUACCAACUUAGAGGAAACACUCUGUCGCUGUCUCAACGUUGGCCCAGAUGCGCUUCUCCAGAUGGGGAGGAAAGCUGCUAUCGAGAGUCAGAUUUCUCUCCUGCAGCAAGAAGUAGAGCUGAUUGCUCUUUCAAUUAAACAGAGAAAGUUGGCCGUUAGUAAUCUUGCAGACAGUUCCAAGCAGCGAACCAAGUUACGCAGAAAGAAUGAACUAGAGAAAGAAAAACUGCAAGAAAAGCUUGACAAAGUUGCAACGCUGUCAGGAGAGGAGCAGCGGUUGACAGUGGUAGAUGCUAUUGAAGGACAUUUCCCAUGGCAUCAAUCUGGGUCUAGCUCAUCUUCUCUGCCAUGGGAUAUGAAGAAGAAAAUGGUGGACCUCUUUGUACUGGUGCAGCGAUACAGAGAAGAACACGUGCUUCUCAGACAGGAGAUGAGGAGCAUGCUUCUGUACUUGAAGAAACAGCUAGCUUCUUUAAAAGAACAAAAUCAACGGCUUGUGGAAACUGCAGACACUGGGAUUGGCUGUGCUGAUUGUGUGUAUACUGACAGGUAUGUCCCCCCUAUGGCAAGCAAGCAAGAACUGAAAGGAAUCAUGGCCGUGAAGAACAGAGGAAUAAAAGAGAUAGAAGAUUUACUAGCUGAUGCUGUCAUUAAAUUCAGCAGAACACUAGGCCCAGAUAAUCAGCUUCAGAUGAGUGAAUCCAGCGAGAAUGAAAGUUCAGAUGAUAGUUCUGAUGAAAAUACAGGAAUAUGAAAAUGUCCUAACGAAGAACAUACACUGUGAGUCCAAAAAAAAAUUACACCUAGAAAAUUGCUCAUUAUUUAAAAAUUAAUCUAUGCACAGUAAUUUAUUAUACACCUUAUGAAAGAGUCUUUUAUCCUCAAUCAUUUAGUAUCAUUUUGUGUGGUAUGCGUUCUCGCUUGGAUGAACAGGAGGCAUUGUUUGCGAUAGUGCGAAAAUCGACUUGCGCCAAAAUUGU